UCGGACUGUGUGGACAUCCUGACACAGUGUGGCGACCACAAACGCUUCCACGAGGGACAGACGGCCGAGCGCAUCUGUGAGAUUCUGUCACCCAUAGACGACCCUGAACGCUGUAUCCCCCUGGAGAGAUACCUCAGUGAGUGGUAACGUGGGUGUGUGUGUGUGUGUGUGUGUGUGUGUGUGUGUGUGUGUCUGUCUGUGUCUAACAUGUCAUUCUCCCUCCAGCUCCCAGCGGCCUGGGUAAUAUGACUGAGGAGGUCAUCCACCCGUGUAACCCCAACCCCUGUCCCAGCAACCACCUGUGUGAGGUGAACAGGAAGGGCUGCCAGCCGGGACAGGAAUGCCUGCCUUACUUCUGUGUGCCUGGUACAGUAUACUAGAACAUACAGGACCUCCCUGUAACCCUAAGGGUUGUCUGUAAACAUACAGUACCUCCCUGUAGCCCAUGUCCACUGUAAAUACAUAGUGUGUCUGUGUAGACGUGAAAAGUUAGUCUGACUACUGUGUGUGUGUGUGUGUGUGUGUGUCAGGCUGUAAACUGGGUGAGGCCUCAGAGUUCCUGGUCCAUCUGGAUGCCCGUGUCCAGGUGCCCAUGCGUAACGGCCAGGCGGGCUGCUUCGAGGUGUGCACCUGCGGACAGAGUGGCAGGCUGGAGAACUGUGCCGAGAUGCCCUGCAUCGACACCUCCAAGACCUGCGUUGUUGGGGGCCACAGAAAAAGUAAGCUACCCCCCUUCACCAGCAGUGUGUAGCACCCACCUGGUUUUCAGAGCGGUUUUAGACAAUAUGCGCAAAAACAGGGAAAAGGAGGCAGUAGUUUAUUUUGAGAGAGAGAGAGAGAGAGAGAGAGAAGAGAUGAGAGAGAGCAGAGAGAGAGAGAGAGAGAGAAGAGAGAGAGAGAGAGAGAGAGAGAGAGAGGAGACGAAGAGAGAGAGAGAGAGAGAGAGAGAGAGAGAGAUAGAAUAGAGAGCUAGCGAGAGAUACGAGUAAGUGGAUGAGUCCUUGGUGCUGUUGUGCCUGCUUGUGAAAUGCUUCUUGUGGUGUAAACAUCACUGAAACUCUUCUUCUUCCCCUAGCAGCACGGCAACGCUACAUUAAAAAAAUAAACCAACCAACCACACGCUGGUAUUUCCUUCCCGCGGUCUCCCUCUGGCCCGCCCUAGAUGUCACUACUGUGACUUGAAAGGAGCUGCCAGAAUAUCUUUCUCUCUCUUUCCCCUCUCUCUGUCUCUCUCUGUCUUUCUAGAGCAUGCACACAAACACACACAUACUUUCUCUAUGAACAGCAGGGAGGAAUUCAGCAUAAUAACCACAUCCCCCUCUCCACAUGGCCUUGUCUGUCUGUGAUGUUGCCUCCCAGUUCAUCACAUCUACAACACUUUGAAAAGAGAUAUAGCUUUUAUAUUUACAACUAUUUUUUCUCCUCCCAAAUGUUUUCUUGUUACAGCUUUGAAACUACAUUUGUUUGCAUCCAAAUCAGUUUAUUGCUUUUGCUUUUAUGCUUGUUUUCUCUCUGCUUCAAAAGGGGGGUCAGACAUUUCAGCCUUAUUUCACACAAAUGUGGUUUGCCUGACAGUGAAAGUGGGGUUUUGGAGUGCUUAUAUCCAGACCAUUAAGACAGGAAGUCAUCAUAUAGGGAUGUCUUGUUAGAAGGGAAUAGAUGGGAGAGAUGGUGAUGCUUUUCAGAACAUAAAGCCCAUGGUAAAACAGAGAGUGUCUUUCUAGAUAACAAGUCUAGCAUUAGCUCCCAUGUCUUGAGUCACACAUACAUCCCAGGAUCAAUACCUGAUCUGUUACAUGCCAGGAUCAAUACCUGAUCAGUUACAUCCCAGGAUCAACACCUGAUCUGUUACAUCCCAGGAUCAAUACCUGAUCUGUUACAUGCCAGGAUCAAUACCUGAUCUGUUACAUCCUAGCGUCAAUACCUGAUCAGUUACAUCCCAGGAUCAAUACCUGAUCAGUUACAUCCCAGGAUCAAUACCUGAUCAGUUACAUCCCAGGAUCAAUACCUGAUCAGUUACAUCCCAGGAUCAAUACCUGAUCAGUUACAUCCCAGGAUCAAUACCUGAUCAGUUACAUCCCAGGAUCAAUACCUGAUCAGUUACAUCCUAGGAUCAAUACCUGAUCAGUUACAUGCCAGGAUCAAUACCUGAUCUGUUACAUCCUAGUGUCAAUACCUGAUCAGUUACAUCCCAGGAUCAAUACCUGAUCUGUUACAUCCCAGGAUCAAUACCUGAUCAGUUACAUCCCAGGAUCAAUACCUGAUCUGUUACAUGCCAGGAUCAAUACCUGAUAUGUUACAUCCCAGGGUCAAUACCUGAUCAGUUACAUCCCAGGAUAAAUACCUGAUCUGUUACAUGCCAGGAUCAAUACCUGAUCUGUUACAUCCUAGCGUCAAUACCUGAUCAGUUACAUCCCAGGAUCAAUAUCUGAUCUGUUACAUCCCAGGAUCAAUACCUGAUCAGUUACAUCCCAGGAUCAAUACCUGAUCAGUUACAUCCCAGGAUCAAUACCUGAUCAGUUACAUCCCAGGAUCAAUACCUGAUCUGUUACAUGCCAGGAUCAAUACCUGAUAUGUUACAUCCCAGGGUCAAAACCUGAUCUGUUACAUCUCAGGAUCAAUACCUGAUCUGUUACAUCCUAGGAUCAAUACCUGAUCAGUUACAUCCUAGGAUCAAUACCUGAUCAGUUACAUUGGUGCUGUGAUCCAGAUCACAUAGUUGAAGUCUUAUCAGCUGCUGGAGUUGCUGUGGACAGGAGGACUCAGAGUGUCAGAUAGCAGGUACUGCAGACCGGCAGCCAUGUAACCAAUGAAAUCAGACAACAGGUGCUGUAGACCGGCAGCCAUGUAACCAAUGAAAUCAGACAACAGGUACUGUAGACCGGCAGCCAUGUAACCAAUGAAAUCAGACAACAGGUACUAUAGACCGGCAGCCAUGUAACCAAUGAAAUCAGACAACAGGUACUGUAGACCGGCAGCCAUGUAACCAAUGAAAUCAGACAACAGGUGCUGUAGACCGGCAGCCAUGUAACCAAUGAAAUCAGACAACAGGUGCUGUAGACCGGCAGCCAUGUAACCAAUGAAAACAGACAACAGGUACUGUAGACCGGCAGCCAUGUAACCAAUGAAAACAGACAACAGGUGCUGUAGACCGGCAGCCAUGUAACCAAUGAAAUCAGACAACAGGUGCUGUAGACCGGCAGCCAUGUAACCAAUGAAAUCAGACAACAGGUGCUGUAGAACCGGCAGCCAUGUAACCAAUGAAAUCAGACACAGGUACUGUAGACCGGCAGCCAUGUAACCAAUGAAAUCAGACAACAGGUGCUGUAGACCGGCAGCCAUGUAACCAAUGAAAUCAGACAACAGGUGCUGUAGACCGGCAGCCAUGUAACCAAUGAAAUCAGACAACAGGUGCUGUAGACCGGCAGCCAUGUAACCAAUGAAAUCAGACAAAGUCUCACAACAGUGAUGAUGUAUUGUUGUCCCACAGACCACGGCGUGUCAUUCAGGGUGGACUGCAACCCAUGCUCCUGCUUCGCUGGAGAAACCAUCUGCUCCACCCGCCAGUGCCUGAGGGCCGACAGUUCAGACGAGGACCGCCGCCUCUUCACAGGUGUGUGUGUGGUGUGUGGUGUGUGGUGUGGGUGGUGUGUUUGUGUGUGUGUGUGUGUGUGUGUGUGUUCUAGCAUUCUAGUUUGCUCAGUUCAUUCCAAUGUGUCAAGUAAAAUCUUUUCGUUUUCUCAUGAUUGGGUUGGUUCAAAUUGUGUUGCUGUCCUGGGGCGCUGUGGAGUCCAUUUGUGUUUGUGAACAGAGCCCCAGGACCAACUUGCUUAGGGGACUCUUCUCCAGGUUCAUCUCUCUGUAGGUGAUGGCUUUGUUAUGGAAGGUUUGGGAAUCGCUUCCUUUUAGGUGGUUGUAGAAUUUAACGGCUCUUUUCUGGAUUUUGAUAAUUAGCGGGUAUCGGCCUAAUUCUGCUCUGCAUGCAUUAUUUGGUGUUUUACGUUGUACACAGAGAAUAUUUUUGCUGAAUUCUGCAUGCAGAGUCUCAAUUUGGUGUUUGUCCCAUUUUGUGAAUUCUUGGUUUAAUGAGCAGACCCCAGACCUCACAACCAUAAAGGGCAAUGGGUUCUAUAACUGAUUCAAGUAUUUUUAGCCAGAUCCUAAUUGGUAUGUCAAAUUUUAUGUUCCUUUUGAUGGCAUACAAGGCCCUUCUUGCCUUGUCUCUCAGAUCGUUCACAGCUUUGUGGAAGUUACCUGUGGCGCUGAUGUUUAGGCCGAGGUAUGUAUAGUUUUUUGUGUGCUCUAGGGCAAUGGUGUCUAGAUGGAAUUAGUAUUUGUGUUUUUUCUUUGUUAUAGGGCCAAAAAGAUUGGAGAAGGGGUUUAUCCAUACACCUCUGUUUUGGAUAGAUAACUCUUCGUGUUGUUGUUUGUUUAGUGUUUUUCAAUUUUCCCAGAAGUGGUUCGAUUCUAUGGAUUCUUCAAUUACAUUGAGCUGAUUUCUAACGUGCUGUUCCUUAUUUUUCCGUAGUGUAUUUCUGUAUUGUUUUAGUGAUUCACCCAUAGUGAAGGCGUAGGCUCAGGUUUUCUGGGUCUUCUAUGUCUUUGGUUGGAUAGGUUUCUCAAUUUCCUUCUUUGGUUUUUGCAUUCUUCAUCAAACCAUUUGUCAUUGUUGUUAAUUUUCUUAGGUUGUCUGCUUGAGAUUUUUAGAUUUGAUAAGGAAGCUGAGAGGUCAAAUAUAUUGUUUAUGUUUUCUACUGCCAAGUCUACACCUUCACUAUUACAGUGGAACGUUUUGUCCAGGAAGUUGUCUAGAAUGGAUUGAAUUUGUUGUUGCCUAAUUGUUUUUUGGUAGGUUUCCACACUACUUUCCUUCCAUCUAUAGCAUUUCUUAAUAUUAUUCAAUUCAAUUCCUUUGGCUUUGAUGCCUCAUGAUUGAGUAUUGCUCUGUUCAAUUAGAAUGUGAUUUUGCUGUGGUCUGAUAGGGGUGUCAGUGGGCUGACUGUGAACGCUCUGAGAGACUCUGGGUUGAGGUCAGUGAUGAAGUAAUCUACAGUACUACAGCCAAGAGAUGAGCUAUAGGUGUACCUACCGUAGGAAUCCACUCAAAGCCUACCAUUGACUAUGUACAUGCCCAGCGUGCGACAGAGCUGCAGAAGUUGUGACCCGUUUUUGUUGGUUAUGUUGUCGUAGUUGUGCCUAGGGGGGCAUAUGGGGGAGGGAAUGCUGUCACCUCCAGGUAGGUGUUUGUCCCCCUGUGUGCUGAGGGUGUCAGGUUUUUGUCCAGUUCUGUUAUUUAGGUCACCACAGACUAGUACAUGUCCCUGGGCCCGGAAAUGGUUGAUUUCCCCCUCCAGGAUGGAGAAGCUGGGAUUCUAGUGGGGGGAUAUAGGUAGCACACAGGAGGACAUUGUUCUCUGUUGAGAUCAUUUCCUUUUGAAUUUCAAGCCAAAUAUAAAAUGUUCCUGUUUUGAUUAAUUUAAUGAGUUAGGUCUGCUCUAUAGUUAGGUCUGCUCUAUACCAAAUUAGCAUACCCCCUGAGUCCCUUCCCUGAAUCACACCUGGUAGUGUGGUGGAUGGGACUUCCAGCUCUCUGUAACCUAGAGGGCAACCAGUGGGUCCAUCUCCUCUAUACCAUGUUUCUUGUAGGAUGACAAUGUCUGUAUUUCUCAUUUCUUUGGUGAAGUCCAGGUUCCUGCUCUUUAGGCCCAAAGGCAGAUGUCCUCAGGCCUUGGAUAUUCCAGGAUGAGAUAGUGAAGGCUUUGUGUUCCAUAAAGUGUCCAGUGUUGUUAGUCGUGUGGUUUGGCCUCAGACCAGUAAGUCUCUCUCUCUCUCUCUCUCUCUCGUCAUAGGGCUCCCGUGUGGCUGCCCUGACCGUUUUGUGCCGGUGUGCGCCCGUAACGGCCGCAGCUACCCCAGUGCCUGUGUGGCCCGUUGCAUGGGCUUCAAAGACAACCAGUUUGUGUUUGGCCACUGCCGCAGCAGUGACCCCUGCUCCCCUAGCCCCUGCCAGAGGAAACAGAGGUGAGACACUGUCCUGACCACCACUGUAAUUCUUUCUUCCUUUGUUUCUUCCAUCCUUCAAUCAUUUCUUUAUUGGAAUAAUAACUGAUUCAACACUAUUGGAUAGGGGAAUGCAAAGCUUCCACUAUGUAUAUUGGCUUUCACCUAUCCAGUCAUGUCCGAUUUAAUGAUUACUUCAAGAAAGGGAGGGAGGAAGGAUGCAUUUCCAAAGCAUUCCGUACAGCCCUUUGUGGAUAAGAUUGGACACCUUGACUCUAGAGGAUGCUAUAUCUCUCCUAACAGUGGCCUUGAGCCGUGAUCCUAUUCCACCUCAGCCGACUAGUCCUGAUCCUAUUCCACCUCAGCCGACCAGCCCUGACCCUAUUCCACCUCAGUCGACAUUUGUUAUUUCCUCUCUUGAUAAAUCCUAUUUUCCUGCACCCUUCAUCCUGCACCCUUCAUCCUGCACCCUUCAGCCUGCACCCUUCACCCAAAUCUCCCUCUCACACUUCCCCGUAUCCAGCGGAGACGGACAGUCUGGUUGUUUGUUCAGGUGUGACCAGGCUGCGUCCCCCCUGUGGUUGCCAGCGGUAACUCUGCCAUAAGGAGCGCCGGUAUGGGGUGUGUUGUUGUAACCCUCCUACCCAGAAUCGCCUUGAGCUCCCAGAGCCCUGAGGGUCCAUACCUCUUCCCCAGGCAGCACCAUCGAUCUAACAUCACUCCAAACAACACCAAACACAACUUCUGACCAUCAGGGGGGUAAACAUACAGCCCAGGGGUCAUUUUGCACACAUUGUUAAAUAGGACACACUCCAUAACCACACAUUGUUAGGACACACUCCCUAACCACACAUUGUUAAAUAGGACACACUCCCUAACCACACAUUGUUAAAUAGGACACACUCCCUAACCACACAUUGUUGGGACACACUCCCUAACCACACAUUGUUGGGACACACUCCCUAAUCACAUGGCUCAUUGGUAACUCCUAUUACUUCUAUCAUCAGAGCCUCUAUUGUAGCCCGUUGAUGUCUGCAGUGAGAAUAACACACAGUCAGGUGGACUACUUUACAAUCAUUCAACUCAACUCAAAGCAAAGCGUCAUCGCUACGUUGAAAAUAAAAGUUGUGUACACUGACGGACGCCAUAGGUGGAAUGCGUCCAUGUUUGUGACCUUUUGCUGUUUAAAAAAAAAAAAAGGACUUAAAACAAUGACAUAAAUGAACCCCUUUUCCUCUCGUCUUCCCAUUGGGCCACAGGUGUAUCCCCAACCGUAGAGUGUGCCUUACGGACAUGGCUGACUACCCCUGUCCUCAGUUUGAGUGUGUGAGUCGCCCCUCGGGUUGUGACAAGAGCCGCGUGGACCCAGCCUGCGACACCGACAACGUGGAACAUCCCAACCCCUGUCAGCUCCUUCUGAUGGGCGAGACCCUGGCCUAUAUGGGCCACUGUCAGGUAGAGUUUGACAUUCAUGUCAGUUAUGUUUUAAAGCCAAAGCAAUGUUCUGAAGUAGAAGAGGUUUUUUAUUGUUCAGUGUUAAUGUCUCUGCUCUCCAAGCUUCCAUAACAUCUACACCAACAUGCCCUAAAUUGACUGUAUAUGUUGACAGCAUUUGAGGGCUUUUGGGCGUUUCAAUAGAUGAAAAGGCAUGUCAGAACUUGCAGGGAGAGGUAGCAUUAGGUAGAAUUGUAACACCUGCUAGGUAGCAUUGUAACACCUGCUAGGUAGAAUUGUAAAUAGUCAAUGUAAAUAGUCCGGGUGGCCAUUUGAUUAAUUGUUCAGCAGUCUUAUGGCUUGGGGGUAGAAGCUGUUAAGGAUGUCCAGGAUCCAGUUGCAGAGAGAGGUGUUUAGUCCCAGGGUCCUUAGCUUAGUGAUGAUCUUUGUGGGCACUAUGGCGUUGAACACUGAGCUGUAGUCAAUGAACAGCAUUCUCACAUAGGUGUUCCUUUUGUCCAGGUGGGAAAGGGCAGUGUGGACAAUCCCCUAUGGUAUUGUCUAAUAAACUGAUAUGUUGCAUUCAGGUUCUUAGUCUUUCCACACCUGCAGACACAUGCAUCUCCUGUUUAGGACUGUGCAUGUAUAUAAUACACCCAAAAUUCCCCCAUGUUUGUGUGUGUCUGUUUGUGAGUGUUGAGAAACUCUGCGGUGGUUGAAUUAGAGUGAUUUGUUGGUGUUUAGGACCUGGUGGGAUCAUGUUUCUCCUUGCGGUUGCUCUCAGCGUCGGUCUGAUGGCGUCUCAACCCAGUAACUCUCAGCAUUGUUUCUAUAUUAGUGGAACAGGCAGGAUCGGGUUUUAUAUCCAUUUAAGGCCGUCGACAUCCCAUUAAAAACCCACCAGGCCCGGUGUCAAGUCACCAAACCAAGAGACUCGCAGUCAGCCAAUCAGCCAAUAAGCCAAUAAAUCCACCCACUCUCUGUGUAUUGCUGAGACAGUGAAUAAAGGGAAAAUGAGAGGAAAGGAACACGGAUACAUUGUAAUUUGGCAGACAGAGCUAUUCAAAGAAACCCAAUACAUCUGGUGUGAUAUGUCAAACACAUAAUGUGAUUUAUUAUUAUAUGUGUGUUCUACGCAGGACGCCUGUAAAAGGCUGCGGCCUGUGUGCGGCCACAAUGGCGAAACGUACAACACGGUGUGCGAGGCCUAUGCGGACCGCGUUGCCGUGGACUACCAGGGGCGAUGCCAUGCCGUCGGGGCGGUAGCAGAGUUUGCCUCUGACUCAGGCUCAGGCUGUGACAUGAUAUCCUGCCCCGCCCUGACCAUCCCAGGAUGCAUCCCUGUCACACCACCCGGUCAGUACAAUAGAGACAGAAAUGACAUCAUAUAUAUAUAAUGUUCUAUUAACUCUGUGGUCAGUACACUCGGUGGCACAACCACAUUCACUUUGUCAUAUACACUCAGUUGGCCAGUUUAUUAGGUACACCACCCCGUUCACGAAAAUGGUUUGCGCCUACAGACAGUGAGUCACGUGGCCAUGGCUUGCUAUAUAAAGCAGGCAGACAGGCAUCGAGGCAUUCAGUUAUUGUUUGAUUGAACGUUAGAAUGGGCGAAACAAGUGACUAAGCGACUUUGAGCGUGGUAUGAUCAUUGCUGUGAUGAUCGGUGCAACGGUUCCAGUAUCUCAGAAACAGCAGGUCUCCUAAGGCUUUUCACGCCCGACAGUGUCUAGGGUUUACAGAGAAUUGUAAAGGUUAGGUCCCUUGAUACCAAUUGAGCAACUUUUCCAUGCCCCGAAGAAUUCAGGCUGUUCUGGAGGCAAAGGGGGGUCCGAUCCGGUAUUAGAUGGGUGUACCUAAUAAACUGGCCACUGAGUGUAAAUCUCUCAUGUUAUACUUUUGAUUUUUCCACACAGGAACACGAUUCAGAUAUUGUUGUGAUUGACACCUAACCUCUUGGUGCUUCACCUAUCAGGUGCCUGCUGUCCUCUGUGUGCGGGCAUGCUGCAGAUCCUGUGGAACAAGGAGCAGAUGAAAGUCUUCGCUGAGGUCAGCACCGUCUGCCAUGUGCCUCAACUAUCUGGGUGUGGGUCUGGGGCUUCGUUCUAUUUCAGAGAAGUCCCCUCCCCUUCCCUGUCACUCCUUUCUGGAUCUGUCUAGGCCAAUCCCUCUCCUGGAGAGUUACUCAACUGGGUGUGCAAGCUUUUGUUCCAGACCUGCUCUAACAAACUAGAUUCCGCUAAUAAAGGGCGUACAAUCAGGUGUGUUAGAGCAAGGCUGGAACAAAAGCUUGCACAUCCAGUUGAGUAGCUCUCCAGGACAGGGAUUGGCCACCCCUGGGCAUAGGCUGUUGGUUUAUAACUGUAAUGACGCCAGACGACCACUAGAGUGAGGCAUAGAUCUGAAAUACCUAGCCUCAACAUCACAUGCCUCCCUCUGGGAUACUUAGCAAGUUUGAAAUGACUGGGUCGGCCGCAGCUUCAAGAGCCCAGAAAUGCUUCGUAUACAUGCUAAUAACAGCUAAUAAGAAACGUAAUUCAAAGCAGAUUCAUUAUAAACCUAUUAGUCCCUAAUCUCCAACACAAACAUCUUAUCAACGUUAAGUCUAGACCAUAAGCUAAUUCCAAACGACCUUUGGAAAUGGUGUCAGGCUGAAAUGAUGUCGCGCUGAUUGGGGCCUAGACAACAUGACUCGCUCAGACCAGCCAUGGAAAUAAACCACGUAGUUUGCCAACCUACCCUUCAUUCCCUAACGGUAGGCACUGUAAGACAUUCAUUGCACUUUCAACUACUGUUCACAGAGGUAUUUAAUAUUUGUUAAUAAUUGGGGAUUCAUUACAUUUACUCACCACAUACAGCGCAACAUGCUGAAUAAACCCGUUUUCAGUUCAGUUUUCCUCAGUCUGCAAUGAAUUGAAUCUCAAACUCUGUAUACCUUUGGCUCUGGUUCUCUGUCCUGUUGGUUUGGUGUGUCAGUUGAACAGGAAGCAGCCAGUGACGGUCCAUGACAUCUUGAGGAUCCUGCGUCUCCACAUCUCCGUGCCGCAGUGUGACAUCUUCGGCUACCUGAGCAUCGACUCAGAGAUCAUCAUCCUCAUCGUCCCCGUGGACCAGCAGCCAACCCCGCUGCAGGUACACACACAUACGCAGAAACUGAGUUCACACACUAUCACACACUGGCUACACACUAUCACACACUGGCUACACACUAUCACACACUGGCUACACACUAUCACACACUGGCUACACACUAUCACACACUGGCUACACACUAUCGCACACUGGCUACACACUAUCGCACACUGGCUACACACUAUCGCACACUGGCUACACACUAGCACACACUGGCUACACACUAUCACACACUGGCUACACACUAUCACACACUGGCUACACACUAUCACACACUGGCUACACACUAUCACACACUGGCUACACACUGGGUAUGUAACCGAUGUGAAAUGGCUAGCUAGUUAGCGCUUUCUCUCUCUCUCUCUCUCUCUCUCUCUCUCUCUCUCUCUCUCUCUCUCUCUCUCUCACUCUCUCUCUCUCUCUUUCUGUCUCUCUCUCUGUCUCUCUCUCUCUCUUUCUGUCUCUCUCUCUCUCUCUGUCUCUCUUUCUCUCUCUCUCUCUCUCUCUCUCUCUCUCUCUCUCUCUCUCUCUCUCUCUCUCUCUCUCUCUCUCUCUGUCUCUGUCUCUCUCUCAUAGAGACCUGUCGACUGACCGUAAUUCACAAUUCUUCUGUGUGCCAAGUCCAUUGCCCUGUUUUGUUUUGAUUGCUGGUUGAUUGGCUGAUGCUUGACCUGGAACCUUAUCAGCACAGCAAACAGUUAGGUCCAAAUCAUCCCAUCAUGGUGUUGUGAGCGCUUUAGUUUCCUAUGUAGAACUGAGCCCCUUCAUGCAGCACCACCAUCAAGAGAGGAGGCAUUUGUUAACAAGCUAAGCGCUCACACAGAGGAUGCCCUCUAGAGACAGGGGAUAUCCAGUAAUAUAUACAGUACCAGCCAAAUGUUUGGACACACCUAAUCAUUCCAGGGUUUACUUAAUUUUUACUAUUUUCUACAUUGUAGAAUAAUAGUGAAGACAUCAAAACUAUGAAAUAACACAUAUGGAAUGAUGUAGUAACCAAAAAACUGUUAAACAAAUCAAAAUAUAUUUUAUAUUUGAGAUUCUUCAAAUAGCCGCCCUUUGUCUUGAUGACAGCUUUGCACAUCUUUGGCAUUCUCUCAACCAGCUUCAUGAGGUAGUAAUCUGGAAUGCAUUUCAAUUAAUAGGUGUGCCUUGUUAUAAAGUUAAUUUGUGGAAUUUAUUUCCGUCUUAAUCCGUUUGAGCCAAUCAGUUGUGUUGUGACAAGGUAGGGGGGGGGGGUAUCCAGAAGAUAGCCCUAUUUGGUAAAAGACCAAGUCCAUAUUAUGGCAAGAACAGCUAAAAUAAGCAAAGAGAAACGACAGUUCAUCAUUACUUUAAGACAUGAAGGUCAGUCAAUCCGGAAAAUGUCAAGAACUUUGGAAGUAUCGCUGCAGAAUGCUGUGGUAGCCAUGCUGGUUAAGUGUGCCUUGAAUUCUAAAUAAAUCCCUGACAGUGUCACCAGCAAAGCACCCCCACACCAUAACACCUCUUCCUCCAUGCUUCACGGUGGGAACUACACAUGCGGAGGUCAUCUGUUCACCCACACCGCGUCUCACAAAGACACAGCGGUUGGAACAAAAAAUCUCAAAUUUGGACUCCAGACCAUAGGACAGAUUUCCACUGGUCUAAUGUCCAUUGAUCGUGUUUCUUUUCCUAAGAAGGUCUCUUCUUCUUAUUGGUGUCCUUUAGUAGUGGUUUCUUUGCAGCAAUUCAACCAUGAAGGCCUGAUUCACACAGUCCCCUCUGAACAGUUGAGAUGUGUCUGUUACUUGAACUCUGUGAAGCAUUUAUUUGGGCUGCAAUUUCUGAGGCUGGUAACUCUAAUUAACUUAUCCUCUGCAGCAGAGUUAACUCUGGGUCUUCCAUUCCCAUGGCGGUCCUCAUGAGAGCCAGUUUCAUCAUAGCGCUUGAUGGUUUUUUGCGACUGCACUUGAAGAAACUUCCAAAGUUCUUGAAAUUUUCCGGAUUGACUGACCUUCAUGUCUUAAAGUAAUGAUGGACUGUCGUUUCUCUUUGCUUAUUUGAGCUGUUCUUGCCAAAAUAUGGACUUGGUCUUUUACCAAAUAGGGCUAUCUUCCUUGUCACAACACAACUGAUUGGCUCAAACGCAUUAAGACGGAAAUAAAUUCCACAAAUUAACUUUUAACAAAUUAACCGCCAAAUAACAUCUAUUUAUUUAAUUGUUUUUAUGACUCCAGAAUAGCAGGCUAUUCAUUAUAUUAUUUUUACAUUUUAGUCAUUUAGCAGACGCUCUUAUCCAGAGUGACUUACAGGAGCAAUUAGGGUUAAGCGCCUUGCUCAAGGGCACAUCGACAGAUUUUUCACCUAGUCGGCUCAGGGAUUAGAACCAGCGACUGUUCGGUUAUUGGCACAACGUUCUUAACCACUAAGCUAAUAAUCAGACUUUUCAUCUCUGCCACCAGUUCUAUCGCUUCGAAACUCCCAAUUAAAGUUGUUGUUCACACCCUUUCCAUGUCUUUUAUUGCUAUUUCUGCAAAAACAGAAAAAGCCCUGAGCGAUAAUGAUCGAUGCAAACAGGUGAAAUGAAGGUUACAGCCGGCCUCCUGUCAUUCUCUCAACGACUAGGAACUAUUAGUCAACAAUGUGUGCUUUUAGGUGGUUUCAUACACAAACAAAGAGCCUGGUUUGUUACGUGGUUAUACCAAAAUAACACGUUUGGAACUGCUAUUUCAGAAGGGAAUAAAGACACACAAAAAACAAUGCGUAACAUCAUGCAUGUAUGUGUGUGUGUGUGUGCGUGUGUGUGUGUGUGUGUGUGUGUGUAUCCCAUCUCAGAUUGAAGCCUGCAGUAUGGAGGCGGAAAAGAUCGACUCGCUCAUCAACUACGGCAGCCCCACCCUGGUCUCCCAUGUGCCCCUGUCUGCCUUCCUCACCUCCGAGGUCUUCAUCUCCACCAUCAGGUCCACGGGACACGCCAGCUCCAUGCCCUCCUCCCUGCCCAUCUUCCUCUGCCUCGCCUUGGGCCUCCUCCUCACUCUAGCCCCAGGCCUAGCCGAGGCC